GGGGAGGACCCAAUCAACGACUAGAGCGUAGGCCCACCUAUCCUGGGUCCCUGCUGCGGCCGUAGGGGUCCUGGAGCUGCUGGUCCGCUCAGGUAUAGUUUCGCUGGCGUCUGCAGGGCCUGAGGCCGGGUUCCAACCUGGCUUCCCGGGAUGUCGGUGGCCUUCGUACCGGACUGGCUGAGAGGCAAGGCGGACGUCAAUCAGGAGACGAUUCAGCGGCUUCUGGAGGAGAAUGACCAGUUGAUCCGCUGUAUUGUGGAAUAUCAGAACAAAGGCCGGGCGAAUGAGUGCGUCCAGUACCAGCAUGUGUUACACAGAAAUCUCAUUUAUUUGGCCACCAUCGCAGAUGCCAACCCAACCAGUGCUUCAAAAGCAAUGGAAUAAUCUUCCAGUUUGCUGUUGUGAGGAGUAAUUGAAUAUAGUCUAUUUCCUAGGAAAUGGAGACAGGAUUUUUACCAACUCAACUGCUUAGAAGGUGAAUGGAACCUCUGUGGCUCUUUUUAAAAAUGUUAAAACAUCAAGAAAGCUACUAAAUUAACCAUAUUCACAGUGUAAAUAUUUAUUUUUAUAAUUAAGCGGAUUCCCUCAUUUAAGUUGACUCCAGGUGUCCUCCUUCCUGAAAUAAGUGUGUUUGGAUAACAAAGACAUCACAGGCAUCUUCAAGUCUACUUUUUUAGUUUCAACAUGAAGAGGAAACAGGGCAGGUAUUAGGCAAGACUCCCAACUGAGACUCUGCCAAUGGACAUAUAACUGUGUGUUUUCUCCUACCAGUCUGUGGUUGUGGAUCCCCUGACUGCUCUUUUCAGGUUGCUUUGAAAUAAAGCUUACCUUUCCACAAAA